AUGAGGAAGAGGGAGAGGGCGGCGGAUGAGGAGGAAAAGGCGCCGAAAUCACCGCGCCCGACCGUGGGCGGGAAGUCGCUGGCGUCCAUGGGCCUGCAGGACGUGGUUGUUGCGCCACUAUCAGAUUCGAGCAGCAGCAGCAGCGACAGCGACGACGACAGCGGGCGGUGCCACCACCUGACCUUGGACAGCGGCGCUGUGGAAAUGGCAGUGCUCGAUCUCAGCAUCUCCGAGGUGCCUCCGACGUGCCAUGAACCCAGGUGCGGGGUCACCUGGAAGGGAGCCGGCUACGACAAGGAAGGGAUGACGCAGUGCUUGGAGUGCCACUAUAUUGGCUGCACUCGGGGGCUGGACAGGGAAGAUCCGCGGGGGCACGCCCUCGCCCACGCCGCCAGCAGCAAGCAUUACGUUGCUCAGUGGUACGAUGUACCCAACCUGGGCUUCUGCUUCAAAUGUGUGCGCGUUAUGAGGCUCAGUGACAGCCCGGAGCUCAACGAAGAGGAGUGUUCGGAGGAGGACAGAAAGAUUAAGGAACAGCGGGCAAUGGUGGCCAGCAAAACACUGCCGGCCGGCAAGUCAAAGGACGACUGGGGAACUACGGCCAGCAGUCCAAGGGUUGAUUGGCCAACGGCUGCCAGCACUCCAAGUCCAAGGGUUGAUUGGCCAACGGCAGCCAGCACUCCAAGUCCAACGGUUGAUUGGACAACGGUAGCCAGCACUCCAAGGGUUGAUUGGCCAACGGUAGCCAGCAGUUCAAAGGUUGACUUGGGAAAUGUGGCCAGGAAUAUACUGGAUCAGUGGGUAAUGGGGGCUGGGAACGAUAUGGCUGAGUAUGCUAUUGGGAAUGGGUAUAUUAUCAGAGGGAUGCCGAAUUAUGGAAACACAUGCUACAUGAAUGCAUCGCUGCAGUGCCUCCUUGCGCUUGGUAAGCUGAGGACAAUCAUUCUAGGGCCGGAUGCUUCCAAUGCUCGGUUGGGAACCAUGGGUCUGGAGCUGAAGUGGUUGUUUCAAGAGACAAGCAGUGUGAAUAAUGCCAGGCGCAUGCUGGACCCACGGACGAUAUUGGCAUGUAUGCAGUCGCUUUAUCAGGAUCGGUUCGAGGCCGGAAAGAUGGAAGACAGCCAUGAGUUUCUUACAUUAUUUCACACUGCUUUGGAUAAUGAGGUGGAGGAGCUUAACCGUUCGCAUGUCAUGGAAGGGGGUGGAGUGUUCCCUACAUUUGGCCAUUCCAUUUUCAGCAGCCAGCUGAUUCAGACCCUUUCCUGUAAAAGUUGCUCAUAUAAUUCAGUUACGUUGCAGUCAGUCCAUGGUCUCCAACUGGGGGUGCCUUCAAAGGCCUCUCCAGCCAGAAGCAAGCCUUUGCAAGUUGAUUCUACUGAAGUAAAGGAUGUUGUACAGAGUCGUAUGCAGACUCAGAAGAAUGAUGUCCCACAAGAGAUCACUGAGGUGUCAAUAGAUUUGGAUUUCAUUCCUAACUUGUUUGAUGACUUUGAAGAAAUGGAGGAAUCAGCAGCAGAUUCUCAUAAUCGAGAAAAUAAGGAGAACGCUCAGGGUAGUGAUAUCGUUCAUGAUGAGGCGAAAGACACUCUUGGAUCGAUUGAGGACUGCCUGACACUGUUUUCCCAUAGCCUGGCGAAUUGUGACAGCUGUUCCAAGGUUGCUGAGUUGCUGGAAACCAAUGCAAGUAAAAACGUUGAACCGAUCAUGGCAAGUACCAGUGUAAACACAACUGUUCAUGGAGACCAGACUCUUGCAGAUUCACAUCAAGAAGGCAUACUCUCUGAUGACACAACUGCUGAAAAAAUCACUUCAGGGACGAGCUGUGAUGAAAAGGACUUAGCCUCUUGCAGCACAGCCAAUGAAAAAGCUGAAAGUCGUGAAGGUGUUCAAAAAGCUGCGCCUAGUUGCCUUACAACUGAUCAACAGACUGACCUGCUGAGUGCUCUGCAUAUUCAAGAUACCAGGACCCAGAAACAGGACAGUGGAAAGCAUGUACUUGAUGAUCAUAGUGCCCAAAGAGUGGAGGAAACCCAAAAUGAGCAGACAGAUGGUAAUGGUAGAAGAAUUCAAACACAAUUGAUUAGCAAGCUGCCACCUGUAUUAACCAUUCAACUGAAGAAAUACGCACCUGAUCUUUCUAAAUUGAGAGGGCAUGUGAGCUUUAAGGAGAUUCUUCAGUUAGGACCCUUCAUGGACCCCAGUUCUGAGGACAAAGAUAACUCAAGCUAUCGUCUAGUUGGCGUCAUUGUGCACCAUGGCAACAGACUGAAUGAUGGGCACUACAUUGCUUAUGUGCGGGGCAGUGGCUCCUCCUGGUUUUGGGCAAGUGACACCAACAUCCGAGAAGUCUCUCUAGAAGAAGUUCUCAGGUGUGAGGCGUACAUUCUUUUCUAUGAGAGGAUGAAUGACUGAGGCAUACCUGGCAUUCUGCCCACCAACUAAUCAGAAGGGCAAUGCCAAAAAAAGCAGGAGUGUGAGAUUAGCAAGUGUUGCUUAGAUGGCCUAGUGUACCAAGUAACAUAGAGUUUGUAUCAUCAAGUCCAGUUUUGUUGAUUUGGCCAGAGUCAUUGCAGGGUUUUGCAUUUGUUGCAGCAUGUAGGGUAGCCACUGGUCAGCAGGGCAUUUUUGUUAGAACAACAUUGCAUAGGUAGGACAGUCACACUGAAUAUUUUCUUUAGGACAACAUUGAAUAGGUAGGGGGACAAUGGAUAUCUUUUUGGAUGGGCAGCAUUCUCCAAUUGGAUACACCUCUGAAAAUACAGUUGAUUGUUGUGAA